AUGACUGGUGUCCUAACGGAACAGGAGCACAGGCAGCACAGACUGAGGGAUGUCUGUAUAAGGUCCAGCGGGAAGGCGGUCACCUCAACUGCGGAGUCGCGACCACCCUGCGCGACCUCCAGCGUGCGCGGCUCUCGCCGCAUCGCCGCUCGGCCCGGGAGUGGAGACCGCAGACCCCGCUGCCCCGCGCCCCACGGGUUGCGUCGGGACCACAGGGACCGCGGGCACAAAGGACCGAGCGGGCAGGGCAGGGGGAAGAGGGAAAGCGCUCGCGCUACCUCGCCGAGCGCCACUCUGCCUCCUCGUCGUCCUCCCUCUCCGGCGCGCUCCUGGACGCUGGACCUCCGCGAGGCUACGGGGCUCCCACGCGGCUACUCGGCGGACGCUGCUAGCGGCUGCUGCCCGGCGACUGCCGGCCCCUGCGCCCGCGCUUCCACACCGCCUCCAAGCGCCGCGGCCGGGGCUCCCCUGCGCGCCCGUUUGCAGAGUGCGCGGCCGCUGCGGAGUGCGGCGCUGCGGCGGGAGGCGCCCGGCCACUCCCCUCUCCCCCGGGCGGGCGGAGGGGCCGGCCGAGGGGCGGGGGCGGCGACCUCGCAGCCUGGGAUUCGCCCCUCGGCGCGCCGGCAGAACCGGGAGCCGCCGCCUCCCAGCCGACUCACCUCCGGCCGCCUCGGGGCCGGCGGCACAGCGCCCCCCGGUGAGCGCGGGUGCAGCCUCGGCCCCAGGACCCGCCUGCACGGAGCAAGCAGUGGAAAAGAGGGAGAGGAAGAGGCGUCCCUCUCAGCCCACGGAAGGCACGGCCCUUCUACAUUUUUCACUCCCGUAUUUAUUAACAUCAAACGACAAAUAUAA